GAGGGAUUGGCAGAGAGGGGUAGAGGACACUGAAUGGAGGCCAGUGGAGGGAUUGGACACUGAAUGAAGGCCAGUGGAGGGAUUGGCAGAGAGGGGUGGAGGACACUGAAUGGAGGCCAGUGGAGGGAUUGGCAGAGAGGGGUGGAGGACACUGAAUGGAGGCCAGUGGAGGGAUUGGCAGAGAGGGGUGGAGGACACAUGAAUGGAGGCCAGUGGAGGGAUAGGCAGAGAGGGGUGGAGGACACUGAAUGGAGGCCAGUGGAGGGAUUGGCAGAGAGGGAUGGCAGAUAUGGAAUGGUUAACUGAAGAGGGGAUAGCCUGCGAGGGAGGUGUUGCGGAGGUUGGAGAUGGCGUAUCUUGGAGGUGUUGCGGAGGUUGGAGGUGUUGCGGAGGUUGGAUGAUGCUGCUGCUGCGGAGG